CGUAAACGAACUGGAUUUUUAAUUUUUCUUCGGGUAGUGAAAAGAAGUUUUUAUUUGAGACGCACGGUAGUUAGUGCGGCAGUGUUUUUUGCCUUGGUUUCUCCGAUUGCUCACAAAGAUGUUCGCGCCGGACGACCGGUUGUGUUGUGCCACUUUUUAACGCGAAUUCACUCGUAUACGCUUGGCACCUUGGCGGUGUGUUGGGGUGACGGCUUGGUGAUUAAUUUUGAUCAGAAGUUAAUUCGGACCAAGUGACGACAGCAUUUUUGAUUAGACAUUUUUGGAAAUUUUAUACGGUUAUUUUUUGAAAAUUUGCUGCUGAUUCGAUAUGGCUCUGGCGGGAAAAGCUGUGACGCGUGUCGUGCAUCGCUGCCAUGAAGGACAAAGAUCACAAGUUCUGGAUUUAUCGGCUUGUACGCUGAAAUCCUUCCCGGACGCUGUGUAUUUUCUCCUGCGCAACACCCGCCUCCUGUCCUGUAUGCUGGAGCAGAAUCAGAUCUCCCGUCUUCCCGGGAAGUUCUUCUUUAAUUUCGACGCGUUGACAGUGUUGAACCUGCGCAGUAACCGGCUGACAUCCCUCCCCAACGAAGUGAUCCGCAUGACUGAUCUCAAAGUGUUGGACAUCAGUAACAACCGUUUCACCGUCUUUCCCACCAUCAUUCUGACCAUGCCCAACCUGCAGACGGUCAUUGCCGAGGAGAACGAGAUAUCCGACAUGGACACGGAAGCGCUGAGCAGUGCCGGUAGUAGUCUGCAGGAGGUGAACUUAUGCAAGAAUCCGCUCAGUCAGCGUCUGAUCGUCCAACUGGAGCGGAUGCACGAGGCCCACCAGUUGAGCUUUACCAUCACCUACUCCUCACCGUCCGCCGAUCAUUUCCAGGGAAUGGAUUAAAGAUUGAAAACGCAACGGACCGGUUUAUAUAUGGAGACAAGUGUAUCGGAUGAUUUGUAGACAUUAUUAAUUACUCUCCUAUUUUUCUUGUUAUGUACAGAUACAUAUUUUUUAGUGGAUGUGCCCGGUGCAUAUGAAUGGCGGCUCCGGUUUGUGAUGCAUGAUUUACAGGUGCCUUCUCUAAAGGUCAAUGUAGCGGAACCCAUGGUUAUCAACUAUGUGUUAUUGUAUUUGAUUACUUUUUCUCUAAUAUCCUAGUUGGUCCCUGUCUCACUAUGUGGUUUUAUGUUUCUAACUGUGAUAGUUUGUCUGCAGUUCUGUACUGUAUAAUUGUCUUCUACAAUAUAAAGUUGACUAGUCCGUA